CUCCAAUUUAUCAUGUUGGCUCGUUCCAUUCAGCAUUUUGUCUUCGGCUACGGCUCGUUAAUAUGCCCGCAUUCCCGUGCUAUUACGGCCCCCGAUCAGGCCCACAAGAUUGCCACACCCGUUGUCGUACACGGCGUUGAGCGGACUUGGUCCAAACGGACGAACCGCGGGAUGACGGCGAUGGGCGUGCGUUUCUCAACCGAGGCCGAGUGUGUUGGGGUACUCUUACCGGUUAACGACCAAGAAUUGUCGCAGUUCGACGAGCGCGAAAUGGGCUAUGACCGAGUUGCUCUGAAUCUAGACAAUGUGUCUGCUGUGCCGUUUCUGGAACAGGACGAACACUACGAAGACGACGACGUCUUUCUUCAAGCCAAGGAGCGCAACAACACGGAGACUGUUCAGAUAUGGGUCUACGUACCACAAAGAACCCUGCCACCAGCUCCGGAACAUCCCAUUGUACAAACAUACGUGGACACCAUUCUGAGAGGAUGCUUGUCCAUUUCUGAAGAGUUUGCCAAGGAAUUCAUCGAAACGACCAAGGGUUGGCAUCCUGAUGAAUUGUCAUCGCAGGACAGCAAUGAAAGCGAUAGUGAUGCGAGCGACGAAGAAGCUAUUUGGGUGGACGAUCGACAAGACCCUGUAUACAUUCGCGGGGAUCCCAAAUGGAGUCGAAGUAAAGCCAAAGAGCUGGAUCUCCUAUUGCAAACGCAUCGCCCUGAUCAAUUCUCUAACCGGACGUCCGAGCGAUAUCUGAUAUUUAUGUACGGCAUCCUUUACUCUCCAUGUAAAUUAGCUACAUUUGCUGACUCUGUACCUAUGGCGAUGCAUGCGGUCGUAACUGGAGCCGACAAGGGGAUUGGUCUGGAACUAUAUCGGCAGCUCGCCAACAAUUCUAAAGAUUAUCAACAGAUCUUUGCCAUCUGUCGUAAAACAAGUGCCGAACUGACAUCUUUGGCCACCGAAUCCCAUUCACGAGUGCAGAUCGUAUCAGGUAUUGGCAUUAUGCAGGACGACGCGCCAACGAAACUUCAGCAGUUCUUUCGAACAAACAACGACAAGACCGUCCCAAUACACUUGUUUGACCCACAACGCUGGCGCGUAUGGACCGACCGAAGUCUUUGCAAAUCACAAAAAUAUGUACGCUUCUCAAACGUUUUCAAACAUCUCACCGAUACGCAUGUUGUAUAGCUUUCAACUUAACGCCAUGGCACCACUGUUUGUCACACAAGCGCUGCUGCCUAAUUUGCAUGAGGCGGCCAUUUCACCUCCGUCCUCGUGUGUCUCGGUGUGCUGAAAAAGUCAUACUUAUUUCUUCACUGAUGGGAUCCAUUGUAGAUAAUGACUAUAGUGGACACUUCGGCUACCGCGCAGCGAACGCCGCUCUCAAUAUGAUUGGGAGAGGAUUGGCGGCUGACCUUCGACAAUUCGAGAUCUCGGUCGGAAUGAUUCAUCCUGGAAUGGUCUUUACUAACUUUGACGGAGGGAAGACCCGACGUCCCGGCCAUCAUGAU